UUUUUUUGGUUACACUUGCCACUGGCUGACCAAAGUUUUUCAAAGACAAUCAGUGGCAUUGGCUUGUAGGAGGUUCAAGGGUGCUCAUACGGCAGACAAAGUUGGGCAGAUGAUCGCGGAACUUAACAAUUUCUUUGACCUUGAUAACAAAAACAUUGUUAUGACCAUUACCGACAAUGGGUCAAAUUUUAUUAAAGCUUUUAAAGACCAUGGAGUUGACAAUUUCCACCAGGAAGAAGACGCCAGCGAUGACGAACUGCCUUUCCGCGAAAAUGAGUUUUUAUUGCCAAAACACCAUCGAUGCUCUAGCCAUACGCUGAAUUUGCGUGCAACGAACGAUUUUUUGAAAAUUUUGAAAGCAGAUCUGGCUGUUUACGAAAAACACAGAAUGAUUUUUGAAAAAUGUAAUAGCCUUUGGAAGAAGAGCAACUGGCCAAAGUCAUCAGAAGUUAUUGUCGCUUAUUUAGGAUCAAACUUGGUUGUGCCCGUUGUGACAAGGUGGAACUCUUUGUAUGAUGCCGUUACAAAAAUAAUACAUCAUAAGAUUAGGCUUAAUAUUUUGUGCGAACAAUUAAGUUUGGCACCUUUUUCAUUAAGUGACGUUCAAUAUUUGGAGUCAUACAAGUUGCUGAUGACUCCGAUUGCACAGGCGUUAGACUUUCUUCAGGGGGAACAAAAUGUGAAAUUUGGACUCCUUUUACCUGUACUCAUUACAUUAAGCAACAAAUUGCAAAAGCUGAGUAAAAAGGAAUUUCACCUAAGCUCAGUCGCUGCAAAAAUUAAUCUGGCCCUGUGGAGCCGAUUUGAAAUUUUUUUUAGUUUAUCCCCUGAAGCAAAUAUUGCAAUCACAGCUGCUGUAUUGACUCCAGAAGUUAAAAUUAAGUGGCUGCCUGUUCUGGAAAGAUCCACAACUGGCAUAAACAAGGAAACAGUAUACAGAAGGGUAAUUCAAGAAAUAUGUAGAUUCACGGAAUCAUCAAAUCUCGCUAUUCAAAAUAAUUUCAAAAGUAAUGAUUUGAAACACAGUUCGAGCUUUUUCGAUUUUGAUGAUGAUGAUGACGAUAGAGCAAAGGAAACCAAUAAUAUGGAAACAGACCAAGUUGAUGUAGAACGCGUGGUUUCCGAUCAAUUUUACGCAGAUCAAGGUGGACGUAGACAUGCCUACCAUCCCAACACCAUCUGUUCGGUCGGCAAUCAACGUGGCACGUUCUGGGCAUAUUCCUACGCCCCGCCUAACCACUGCUACUGCAUCGACUACCGCUUCUGGCAGUGGCUCACGAGCAACCCCAUCAACGCCAUCCGUCUAAGCCGAGCCGCGUCACAUCCGAUGCCCGCUAUGUCGCCGGAAACGCGACGUGAAGAAUUAUUUAUCGAAAUCGGGGUCUCGACUAUGGAGAGGCUAGGAAACAGUCCGGAUUUGAAUCCUAUUAAGAACCUUUGGUUUAUAAUGAAGGCUCAGUACACAAAGCAAGAAGCAAUUAAUACAACGGAAUAA